AUGAGGCAAAUAACCAUGUCACAGAAUCGUGAAGACACCUGCUGUGUAACUGUCUGCAACUUUGAAUGCUCAGUCAAACCUUUCAACCUGGCAAGACGCACUUUCAGCCAACCGUGGCAACUGAGGUUGUACGGUCGCCCACAAAAAAAAACGGAAGUAAAGAUUUCUCGGAACAAAAAUAGAAACAAGAAACAUUCCUCGAAAGAUCUACAAACGUUUUUCAUUGCUGCUGGAGUUAUUCUUGCGCUUGUGUUAUUGCAAUAUCAAACGUGCUUUGCUUUUUUUUUUUUUGGUUUUUCGUUUCCUGUUUUUCUUUCCAAUCUUCAUUCUUUGUGCGUCGUGCAUAGAAAAAAAUUGCAUGUCCAAUCUGUCGAUCUAGGUAUUUCGAAAAGAUCUACGCAGAAAAAUGCAGCUCUGCCCAUUCAAAUGCCCGUACUUAGGAGCAGUGAUAACAAAAUAAAGAAAAAUUCCGGCUUCGGAUAG